AUGGUCGAGGUUACAUCGUGGGUGGAGGAGGUGGAGAAGAUGCUGCUGGAAGACCACGAGCUUUCGUCGGAGGUGGAGCAAUGGCGGAAGCACGCAAUCUACCGUGUCCCGGCGCGCAUCAAGAGGCUAAACGGCGGCGCCUACAAGCCGCAGACGGUGUCCCUGGGCCCCUUUCACCACGGAGACCCUGACCUGGUGCCCAUGGAGGUGCACAAGCGCAGGGCGCUGCUGCGCCUGCUCCGUCGGGCCGGCAGGCCGCUCGGGGACCUCGUCGCCGCCGUGGGGGAGGUGGAGAAGCAGCUGCGGGCGGCGUAUGUGGGACUCGGCGACGAGUGGCGCGCCGGGGACCGGUUCGUGGAGAUGAUGGUCGUGGACGGGUGCUUCCUGCUGGAGGUGAUGAGAACGGCGGCGGUGGCGGCGGCCGGCCGGAGGCGUACGGUUCAUCCAGACUACGCGCCCAACGACCCGGUCUUCAGCUGGCACGGCUUGCUGUACAUGGUGCCGUACGUUCAGCGCGACAUGCUCAUGGUCGAGAACCAGCUGCCCCUGCUCCUUCUCCAAAGGAUCUUCGCUGCUGAGGGUGGAAUUGGAAAAACAUCGACCAAUGUUCUGAUCAACAGGAUGGUGCUGAAUUUCCUUGGCGUGGCGGACGCCGACAAGCACCCAGCGGUAGUGGCCAGCCUGGGACUCCACCCCCUCGACAUCUACCGCCGGAGUCUACUCCACGCCACCGGCGGCAGGAGAGAUCGCGACAUACACGUCCAAGAACCGGCGGUGGCAAAGCCCGUGGACGUUCGGUCCGCGCGGAAGCUCCACGAAUCCGGCAUCCGGUUCAGGCACAGCGGGCAGGCGGCGGACUGCCUCCGCGACGUCCGGUUCCACGGCGGCACCCUCACCAUGCCGCAGCUCUUCGUGGACGACUCCACCGAGUACAAGUUCCUCAACCUCAUGGCGUUCGAGGCCCUGCACGUCGGCGCCGGCGGCGACGUGACCGCCUACGUCUUCUUCAUGAGGAGCAUCGUCGGUUCCGUCGACGACGUGCGGCUGCUGCGGAGCAAAGGGAUCGUCCGGAGCGAGUGGGUGGACGGCGACGACACGGUGGUGCGGCUGCUCAACGACAUGACCAGGGACGUGGUCUGCGACGAGCGCUCCCCGCUGUGCGCCGUGCAGGGCGAGGUGGAGGCCUACUGCCGGAGCAACGUGCGCGUCUUCCUGCACGUCUCCUGGUGCUACCUCAGGCGAACCUACUUCGGGAACCCGUGGACCUUCCUCUCCCUCGCCGCCGGCGUGCUGCUGCUCGUCACCGACAUCAUCCAGACCGUCUACGCUGUCCUUUCGUACGAAGUACAAGGGAAGAGAGAGUAUCAUGAUCCUAACUAG